AUGACUUCUGAUAGUCAAACCAUCGUUGGCAUGGAUACAUCGGCGCCCACCACGGGGAAUAACGAUCCUCAAGAGCAGACAGCUCCAACUCCAAAACUCUUCGAGAUCCGCCCAUCCCAAGGCAAAGGCCUCGGCAUCUUCGCCGUCCGCAACCUGGAAAGAGGCACCCGACUUCUCGCCGAAGCACCUCUCAUUAUUGUAACAGCACAAGGCGUCAGGUCUCCAGAAGGAUUCCGCACAGCCAUAUUAACGGAGUUCCUGAAGCUCAACGCUGAGCAGCAGGGAGCAUUCUGGAAGUUAGCCGCCUCGCCCAAGAGACUGUCAGAGGCCAAAGAAUUCAUUAGUAUGCUGCCCUCAGUUAACGACGACCAUUGGUCUACGGAAGCGAAAGCAAGCUCAGAGCGACCCGUUUCGCCCUUCGCGCCCCUCAGCCGUGACGAGCAGAGCAAGAUCAUCGCCAUUGGCCGCACCAACAUCUUCGGCCUCGACGGAACACUCGACGGUGUUUGCAACGAAGCCUCGCGCUUCAAUCACUCCUGCACCCCCAACGCGGAUUACACCUGGAAUCCAGCUCUAAAGAAACUCACAGUGCAUACAGUGAGGAAAAUUAGUGCUGGUGAUGAGAUUACACUUACAUAUGUACCGGUGCUGGAAAGUCGUGCGGCGCGGCGGGAUGCGCUUGAGCCGUAUGGCUUCGAGUGCGACUGCGAUGUGUGUACGGCGGAUGCUCGCUUGUGGAUGUUGAGUGAUGAGCGGAGGCAAAAGAUUUAUGACAUUAUGCAGAGCUUUAUGCACUGGAAGGCAAUGAGCAAGGAAGACGAGGAUAUAACAGAGCCGACCUUGGACCAAAAGAGGCUGUUGGAGGAGGCAGUGGAUUUGGUGGAGUAUGAGAGGUUAGAGGGGAAGACGCUUGGGAUUAUUUAUUUCCUAAGUUUUAAGGAGGGCCAUGGCGACGAACUCCACUUGCAGCAUUUGUUGGAGGCCCAGCAGAUGUACCAGGGCGACGACCACCCUGACACGCAAAAGACAAAGAAAGAACUGAGCGAGAUUGAACAUCCGUUCCAUCAUAUUACAGACUAA